AUGGCGGAAUCUUCUGCAAAAUACUCGAAAACUCUGGACAUUUUACCGGCUCGCGAAGCGGAUGGGUGCGGCAUUCGUUGCUGGGAGCCGCCUUUCCUAAAGCGCUUGGCCCGGCCCUGGGUGUUUCUGGUGGCAAUGUGUGUCUACACGGCCAUCGAUGGCAUCAACAUUGGUAUGAGUACGGGCACCAUCACCUCCGUGGAAGCUCACUUCCAGCUCACGCUGACCGAGCUGGGAAGCAUGACUACUGUCUAUUGCGUCGGGGGAAUCCUCGGUAUCCUCCUGGCCUUCUGCGUCGGCACGGUGGUCCCAGGCUGCAAGCCUUGCCUGCUUGGUGUCUCUGGGAUAUCACUUGGCCUUGGUGCGUUGAUGCUUGCCCUGCCGGCCUUUCUUCAUGAUCUUUACCUUCCCCCAAGUGUUGUGCUGGCAACUGGCGACAACUCCACGCAGGGCUUCGCCGGCGAGACUUCUGCCUGCUACGACUCCGACAUCACCGAGGAAUGCUCAUCUGUGAGUGACAAUGUUGCCGUCGAUUCUGCCUCCAUGUCGCUAUUCUACCUGGGGAUGUUUUUGCAAGGCGUUGGUAUGAUAUCCUAUCCGAUCGGUAUCGCAUACAUAGCUGAUUGUUCAUCGCCUGGAACCACUGCGGUUUACAUGGGCAUCAUCAAUGCGGUCCUGGGCAUGGGACCAGCUGUCGGGGUCAUGCUGGCCGCAGCCUUCAUCGGUAUCUGGGUGGACUUCUACCGGCUGGUUGGAGCUGAGACCGACCUGUCCCUGGGCCCGGGAGACCCGGGCUGGAUCGGAGCGUGGUGGCUGGGCUUCAUCGUCCUUGCUGUUCUCUUUUGCCUCUCGGCCGCUCUCUUCCCGCUUUUCCCGCGCCGGAUGCCGUCAUCAGCACAUCGCCAGCCUGAUGACGAGCACGAGACAACGGAGAAGUUCACAAGUAACGAGACACACGAGGCUGAGAACGACAACGAAGGGAACCAUCAGUUUUUGGACAUCAAAGAGUUCAUGUGGACUGUCUGGAGGACUUUGAAGAACCCGACAUGUUCCCUGACGUGUCUGUCCCAGAGUACCUUCUAUUUCAUCAUGUACGGCUACGGGAUAUUUGUCCCCAAGUAUCUGGAGGUACAGUUUGGGUACGACAGACAGACUGCUGAUCUCUUGACAGGUGUGCUGCUCGCCCCUGCCUACGCCGUUGGGGAACUGUUAGCGGGUUUCUUGGUGAAGAAACUGGAGCUAACACUGCACGGUACCGUCCGCCUGACCUGCGUCGUGCUGACGGCGUGUGUAGUCGGCAUGGCUCUGCUCAUGGUUAUAGGCUGCGCCAACGACAACGUAGCUGGUGUGUUCUCCACUUACGAUGGCGUGAGCAGCUUGGCUUCUGUUGAUUUGGAAGCACCUUGCAACCAGAACUGCUCGUGCUCCAUGGCUCUGUACGCACCCGUGUGCUCCGAUGCGGGUCUGACGUAUUUCUCACCGUGCCACGCCGGGUGUAACGUCAUCGGUGCCCAAGGCAACUUCUCUGACUGCGCAUGCCCGAUGAUGCUCGGCGAUGGAAGUUUGUACUCCACCGCUCGUUCUGCCUCCGUCGUAGACGGCGCUUGCGGGACACAGUGUACAUCUGCCGUGCCGUUUCUCCUCGUUCUGACUGGCGUCUUUGUCUUGGCGACUUUCGGAGAUCUCCUCCGUCUUACAAUAAUCGUGAGGUCAGUGACGUCAGAGAGCAGACUUGUGGCGUUAUCUGUGGCCUAUUUGACGCAAGUUAUUGGGGUUGUCGCCUCAGGCCAGGUAUUCGGAAUGGUUAUCGACGGGGCGUGCGUAGUGUGGCAGGAAUCGUGCGCGGGCCAACAAGGGGCGUGCCUGCUGUACGACAACCGCCCCUACCGGCUGGCCUACAACGGCCUGGCGUUGGCCGUGGGCAUCUUCAGCGCCGCCGUCAUGUUCCUGGUGCUCCUGUGGCCGACCGGUCGAAAUCACCGAUCGACGGUACGCCGUGGCGGGCCGGCCAUGACAUCCGUAACAGCUUCAGUGUAGACGCGUCUUUUGUUUUAAUUAAUUAAUGAAACAACCAACAUCCAAGGUGGUGAUAAUUAUUAUCAUUAGUUACGUCCUUAUUUUUUAUCUGAAGUUUUGCUUUGGUAGGGUGGCAACAUUAGACACAGAUGCUGUCCUUAUCGAUACUAUUCUUGUAAAGGAAAAAUAAAAAAGAGAAGUACCAAUUUUAAAGACGAUUUAGAAGAUGUAAAGAAGUAAAAGUAAAUAGAUUUAAAAGAGAACAUAAUGUGUGAAAUAAAA